UUGGCGCCGGGAAGGGGGCGGGGCCGGAGGCCGGACCGUUGCGCGGCCGUAACCGUCGCUGCCGCGGCUGAGGAGCGCGGCGCUCGGGGCCCGGUCGCGCUGCUCCGCGGAGGCACGUCCCGCCCGGCCCGCUGCGGGCGGCCGCCAGGAUUUGGAAAAUGCCGAACCGGAAGUUUGCUGAUGGCGAGGUGGUGAUGGGUCGUUGGCCUGGAAGUGUCCUGUAUUAUGAAGUACAGGUGACCAAUUAUGAUGAUGUUACUCAUCUUUAUACUGUUAAGUACAAAGAUGGCACUGAACUUGCUUUGAAAGAAAGUGAUAUAAAGUCCCAAUCAUCGUUCAAGCACAGGAAAAGUCAGUCUUCUUCAAGUUCUCCUUCCAGAAGAAGUACCAGCAGAUCUCGAUCUAGAUCUCCUGGUCGGCCAGCAAAAGGCAGACGUCGUUCUUCUUCCCAAAGCAGAGAACAUAAAGAUGACAAAAAGAAAAUUAUUCAGGAAACCAAUUUAGCUCUACUGAAACCAAGUGAGAACAACACCAGAAGGUACAAUGGUGAACCUGACAGCACAGAGAGAAAUGACACCUCCAGCAAAAUCUUGGAGCAAAAAUUGAAACCAGACCUGGAAAUAGAGCGUGUGCUUGAUCAGUACAGCUUGCGUCCAAGAAAAGAAGAAAAGAAAAAAGAAGAGAUAUAUUCAGAGAAAAAGGUUUUUGAGACAAUAAAAACUACUGAGAAAGUAUCAUCAAAAACAAAAGACCUGGAGUUUGGUGGAAGAUUUGGGACCUUCAUGCUGAUAUUUUUCCUACCUGCUACUGUAUUCUACUUGCUGUUGAUGUGUGAACAAGAUGACCCCAGCCUAAUGAACUUCCCUCCUCCUAUGCCAGCACUUGAAAGUCUCUGGGAAGCUAGGGUGUUUGGUGUCUUUCUUCUGUGGUUUUUCCUUCAAGCUCUGUUUUACUUACUGCCUAUUGGAAAGGUUGUGGAAGGCUUACCUCUUUCAAAUGGGACAAAACUGCAGUACAGGAUAAAUGGGUUUUAUGCUUUUGUUUUGACUGCUGCAAUUAUUGGAAUAUUGUUAUAUUUUCAAUUCGAGCUUCAUUAUUUGUACGAACACUUCAUGCAGUUUGCAGUAUCAGCUGCGGUUUUUUCUAUGGGAUUGAGCAUUUAUCUGUAUAUCCGGUCCCUGAAAGCACCUGAGGAAGACCUAGCACCAGGUGGAAAUUCUGGGUAUCUUGUUUAUGACUUCUUUACUGGACAUGAAUUGAACCCUCGUAUUGGCAGUUUUGACCUCAAAUACUUCUGUGAGUUGCGUCCAGGAUUAAUUGGCUGGGUGGUUAUAAACUUGGUGAUGCUCUUGGCUGAGAUGAAGAUACAUAAUCAGAGUAUGCCCUCUCUGUCAAUGAUACUUGUGAACAGCUUUCAGCUUCUUUAUGUGGUAGAUGCUCUUUGGAAUGAGGAAGCUGUUUUGACUACAAUGGAUAUUACCCAUGAUGGAUUUGGAUUCAUGCUAGCAUUUGGAGAUUUGGUAUGGGUUCCAUUUGUCUACAGUCUGCAGGCGUUCUAUUUAGUCGGACAUCCUACUGCAAUUUCUUGGCCUGUUGCUGCUGCAAUCAUUAUUCUGAAUGGUAUUGGGUAUUACAUAUUCCGUAGUGCAAAUUCUCAGAAAAAUAGUUUCCGAAGGAAUCCAGCAGAUCCCAAAUUGGCCUAUCUGAAAUUUAUACCCACUGCAACUGGAAAAGGGCUUCUAGUUACAGGUUGGUGGGGUUUUGUCCGUCACCCUAAUUAUCUCGGUGACAUCAUCAUGGCAUUAGCAUGGUCGCUACCCUGUGGUUUUAAUCACAUUUUGCCAUAUUUCUAUGUGAUUUAUUUCAUCUGCUUGCUUGUUCAUCGGGAAGCUCGUGAUGAACAUCAUUGUAAGAAAAAGUAUGGCUUGGCAUGGGAAAGGUAUUGUCAGCGUGUACCGUACCGCAUAUUUCCUUACAUCUACUAAAGCACUCCAGAUACCUGUUUUGCAAAUUACUUCUAAAGUUUCUUUGCAAAUAAAAAUAUACCUCUUACCUUUGCACUUGGUCAAUUUAUUUAGGCUUUAAAAAAAAAAGUGACCAAACAAUGGAGUGCAUCAACAAGUAUUUGCAAGUAAUCUUAAAUAUGUGAGUUAUGUGAACUGACUGUCUAUGACCUCAAUUUAAAAAAAAAUUGUGAAUUUUAAAAAGUCUUGGAGCCCUAAUUUUUCAAGUUAAAUUUUAUUUAGAAUCCUGAGUUUACACUUUUUUUUAUUACAUUAAUUAAGCACUGUGAUGUAAAGUAUAUUAUUUUCUUAAUACAAUAAAUAUGGAAGUUCCACCC